UGACAGUUUGAUUCGACUCGCGAGUCGCGACGGACAACAAAAAUUCGUUUCCUUCCACACACCACUUUUGCUUCCCGACUGUCAAGAAGUGCUUCUUUCUGCUGGUGCGAGGCACAAAGAGAGCCAAAGUUUCAGCUCAGCUAAGUCGGUGUUAGUUAGCUUUUAGUUUUUCAUUCUGUUCACACAUUGUUUUUAAUGUCCUCUUGGAAGCAGUGAGGAAAAUUAGUUUUUAUUUUCUAAUCUACCAAAUUCCAAAAUUUUGUCAAGUGCUAAAGUUAAGUGGAAGGAAUUUUCCGCUUGCCCAUUUUGCCGACGUUUAAUAUUGCUUGCAAGAGUGCUCCUAAAAAGUGAAAAAUCUUCGCUCCCAGCAGUAGUGAAAUUAUUGUGCGUAAUUUUUGCUGUGUGAUCGAUAACCGUUCGGAAGCAAUCACUCAGGUUUCAUUGAUUGACGGUGUCGAAGAUGGCCAACUUGAAGCAGAUUCCGCUAACCUGUUCCGGCCAUACCCGACCGGUGGUGCAUUUGGAUUUCAGCGAUUUGACCGACUGCGGAUAUUUUCUGAUCUCGGCCUGCAAAGAUGGCAAACCAAUGCUGCGUCUUGGAGACACCGGAGAUUGGGUAGGCACAUUUGAAGGCCACAAAGGUGCAGUGUGGGGUGUUGCCCUGAACAACAAAGCCACACUGGCCGCAUCUGGAGCUGCCGAUUUUACCGGGAAAAUAUGGAACGCAGUGACAGGCGAAGAAGUGCACAGUUUACAACACAACCACAUUGUGAAAACGGUAGCAUUCGAUAGCAAUAGCCAAUGUCUGGUGACUGGGAGCAAUGAGAAACUAGUCAGAGUAUUUGAUCUAAACGCAUCAGGUACGCCCGUGGAGUCAUACUCUGGUCAUGCUGGUAACAUUAAACGAGCCAUAUUUGCCCGAAACGAUAAGUAUGUUAUUAGCUGCGCUGACGACAAGACCAUGCGCCUGUGGGAUCGUACAAGUGGACAGGAAACCAUGCGAGUUGAAUUCACCGCGCAUCCUAAUAGUUUAGAGCUGUCACGAGAUGGAAACAUAUUGACUGUUACCUAUGGCUCGAAUGUUGCCUUCUUUGAAACGGAAACGCUGAAAAAGAUGAAGGAAAUCGUCGUGCCAACUAAAGUCAGCUCAGCCAGCUUACAUCCGGACAAACAGAUUUUUGUUUGUGGCGGAGAAGAUUUCAAAAUGUACAAAUUUGACUAUAUUACUGGCAACGAAAUUGAAUCUUUCAAAGGUCAUUUCGGACCCGUCCAUGCUGUAAGUUUUAGCCCGGAUGGAGAACUGUAUGCCAGUGGAUCGGAAGAUGGUACGCUGCGAUUGUGGCAGACCACAGUCGGCAAAACCUACGGGCUUUGGAAGUGCACCGAGCCAACCGAUCUCAACAACUCAGUCAAUUCGACUACUACUCGUGAAGUGACUGCCAACUAAGCUCUAGAUGUAUUUCAAACAAUAUUUGGAAACAAUAAAACGAAAACCAUUAGCCGGUAAGUUACGCAUAUUUUUUCUUGCAUCUUGAAACUAUUUUUCACGCAGGAAAGUAUGAUUUAUCCCGCCAACUUUGCAGUGUAUACUUCCCCAAAAGAAAUUAAUACCUAUAUCCUUUUUAGACAGCAUUCAGCGUAUUCAUUGCUAAAAAUUGAUAGAUUUAACACGUGUAAAUGAUAGUAAUUUAUUAUUUUCAACGAUUAAAUUGCGUUGCCCUUCCAA